AAUCCGCAAGAAUGAGUCGUGGCCACGGAUUUUUAAGGUGGCGUAUUACUUUAGCCGGUUGAGUUUUCGAUCACAGCUUGGGAGUUUUAGCCAUUGUACAGUAUUGUAAAGCUUCCACAAUGAUACACUGUAAUGGCUCCGGGUCUGUUUGUUUUCCGGCUUAUUCGAUUGACAGGACAUCCAGUCUUAUUCUAGAGUAUGUGCCGCGUUUCGCUGCGCCAAUACAUGGAUUUGUAGGUACCAUGGAUUUCGCAGGCACUUGUCAAGUGAUGUGGCGGGCUGGAGUAGCAACUGACACUUCGAACAUUCAAUUGGUCUUCACUGCGCUCAAAGAGACAAUACUCGAGAAUACCUUGAGAGACCGCGAAAUUUUAUGAGCACCAUGUUUUGUUGUCGUGCUAUUGAUGCAAGAGCAUGGAAGUACGGCCUAGAAUUGGAGGCGCCUAGUAAACCUUCAGGCUUGGACCGACUAAGCCUUUCUAGUUUCAUCAUUUGAACUUAUACU